ACGCACAUGCGCAGUGGUGUAAGGUGCAAUCCACCGAAGGGCAGCAGCGGCUACUGCGCAUGCGUGGUCUUUUUAAAUUCUUAAAGAGGCAGCAACGAUCGCAGCGCCUCAGAGGGUGAAGCCACGCGCAUGCGCAGGGCCGUAAAGCGAGGAAGUGGUCGUUUUUCCCCUCAGCGAGCAGUCGAGCGCCCAGAGCGCAGGCGCAGAGGCAGUUGGCGGCCGGGAAGAGCUCUCCUCCUUCCUCUUCGUUCGUUUUGUCUCCUUCCUUCGAGAGAAAAAAACAGGGGAAGAUGCCGCGGCCGAACCCGAGCGGCUCGGUGCGGCUCUUCGUGCAGAACGUGCCGCGGGGGACCUCGGAGGAGGCGCUGCGGCGGCACUUCGAGGGGGCGACCAGGCCGGCCGACGUGCUGGACAUGAUCCUGAGGAACACCUGCGCCACGGUGCGCAUGCGCGACGAGGCGGCGGGGGAGCGCGCGCGGAGGGACCUGCACCGGCGCCCCUUCCGCGGCCUCCGCCUCUCCGUCCAGCGCUUCCGCGCCAUCAAGAUCUACGUGGGAGGCCUGCCCGAGGCCUGCGCCGCAGAGGACCUCCUCCCGCUCUUCAAGGAGUUCGGGCCCGUCGCCGAGUGCGUCGUCGUGAAAGACUAUGGGUUCGUUCACAUGGAGAAUGAGGAGGACGGUAAAGCGGCCAUUGCACAACUUAAUGGAACGGAACUCAAGGGGAGAAGAAUUACUGUGAAACGCUCAGUGAAUGAUCGUAAUCCUAAGGUCCGCAAGCAGAAUUCUGGGCAGCAAACUGAAUUUCAAGGGGACAUAUUUCUGGAUCCAUAUUACGGAGACGAGCCACCUGAAUCGUUUGAUCAUGACUAUCGACCCCAGGCGACAGCAUACCGAAAUGGGGCCGAGUCGGAUCCCUACAGCUAUAUGGAGGCCUCACGCGGACGGCCCCACUCUGCCCAGUCCCGUUCCUAUGGAAGCAAGCCCUAUGACAGCCACAGUGCUGUUUAUGAGAAUCAGGAUGCUUAUGACAUGCAGGAUGAUAUGCCUGCUUCCUACUCUCCACAGUUCUUUGAUUCCAUGUCAGCACAUGACAGAGCAUCAGUCGAUGUAGCAUACCGGUCCCCUCCUGAUCGGUUAGCAUCAGCUUACAGGGUGCAGUCACCACGCAGCGGAUUGCCUCGUUCUCCUCAACGCGCAACUUCAUCUUUUGGAGAAUUGUGGCCGGAAACCACUUCCCGCCACUCGCUGUAUGAACGUGUGCGUCUGUCCCCUCCGAGCACCAGCUACAAGGAGCACUACAAAGACGAGUAUGCGGUUGAUAAAAGGCGUAUGGUGAAAGAAAUGGAUGAUCGUUACGGCCCGCCAUAUGAGUAUGUUCGCUUCUCCCCACCACGCAGAAGUGGUGACAAUUUCGACAGAAGAGGAAACGAACCAAGUAAGAGAUAUACAGCAAGAUCGGGAAGUGCUUCUCACUAUCCAGAAGGAUCAGGUAGCGCUUCUCGCUAUCCAGAAGGAUCGGGAAGUGCUUCUCGCUAUCCAGAAGGAUCGGGAAGUGCUUCUCGCUAUACAGAAGGAUCGGGAAGUGCUUCUCGCUAUACAGAAGGCUCAGGAAGUGCUUCUCGCUAUAUAGAAGGAUCGGGUAAUGCUUCUCGCUAUACAGAAAGAUCAGGAAGUGCUCGCUAUACAGAAGGAUCGGGAAGUGCUUCUCACUAUACAGAAAGAUCUGGUAGUGCUCGCUAUCCAGAAAGAUCGGGAAGUGCUCGCUAUACAGAAAGACCAGGAAGUGCUCCUCGCCAUCGACCAUAUGAACGCAUUUGUCUUUCCCCGCCACGUAGGAGUCGUGAAAAUCAUAGGAGCUACCAUUAACAGUCUGAGGUCCUAUUCUGACUUCAGGCGACCAUUGAUCUCAUCUCCAAGGUUCCCAUUGCUCAGCAGAAUUCCCUCCCACCCUUCUGCCAUUCAAAGUGGAUAAAGCACGGUGUCUCAAAUCGAAAUAUAUGCAAUACACCAGUGCCCGUGUCGAAUCACUUGGUUAUCAGGCAACAGCUUUCUUGUUAGUUGUCUUUGCAGAAGAUUCUAGGGUGGGACUGUGUGCUUUUUCCGCCAUCUUUAUGACAUAACACGAGCUACAGCAUUUUUUUACAUUUUCAGGACGUUCUUUAGAGUCACUGCAUUUCUUUAUCCCCUUUUUUGCCAUGAGUGUAAUGACAUCUAAGCAUUCUAGCUCCUUUUCUGAGUAACUGCGUACGUGAGUGAUAUGUCAUCAUUGAAGAGAAACAGCCUUUUGAGCUACUUUCCGUCUUAAUUCUAGUUCAACUCCAUAUAAGUUGUUUGCAUUGCUGCCUAUUCAGUUCUCUAAAACCAAAGUUGGAGGCCGACAGAAUUGUUUGUUUACCAACAAUCACUUAGGAUUCCUUGGCUUAUUUUUCUGCGUGAAAAAGAAAUCUCUUCGUUCAUUGCAUUCCCUAUUUUACUAUCUUUGUUUUGAAAGAGUUACUUUUAAGAGCACCCGUCAGUAGAUUCAUGCAUUGUACAAAUACGCUUAAUUUUUCCAUCAAUAAAAGUGGUUUUGUGGGUGUUUUCCAA